UUACGCGUAAACAAAGUGACAUGACUGAAAAGUGAAUCGAAGGUGAACUUGAGUGAUGUGAAUUUUUCAAAUCAUUAUUCUUCGUAUUAUUGUUAUUGAUUUCUUCGUCCAAUCCUUUAUACCAUAUUAAUAUUGACAUGAAUGUCAGUGCAAUAUAAUAAUUGACAAGCAAUUAGAUCAUUAAUCAUCUCAUCGUGUACUCCAUCGUGUAUUUCUUUGUCACAAUCCUGAGCAGUUAACCAACAUGUCAGACGUAAAAAGUCUCGAACAUCCCACAUUGAAGGUUCCAUAUGAACUUUUGAACAAGAAGUUUCGCUCUGCUCAGAAGACUCUUGAUAGAGAAGUAUCACAUGUACAAGCAGUAUCUAAUGAACUUGAAAAAAGUUUCAAAACUGAUGGAUCUUAUGUAGCCAGUGGAGAAAUAACCAAAUUACUUGGCGGUGUAGUUGCCAGACUUCAAGUUUUAAAACGCAAAGCUCAAGAAUCUAUAGCUGAGGAAUUACAAGCAGGCAUGGUGUGCAAAAGAAGAUUGGAUCACUUAAAGGAACAUGCUAAUACCUCUCCGAGUGCUGUCAAUCAGUGGAGACGACAGAGAUUGGACAGAAUGCUAGUAGAAUAUUUUCUUCGUAAAGGAUAUUACAAAACGGCAACUAAAUUGGCAGAUAGCAGCGAGCUUAGAGAGCUAACAAAUAUUGAUGUAUUUAUGGUAUCAAGAGAAGUGGAGAAAUCUUUAGCCAAUCAUGAAACUGCGAGAUGCAUAGGUUGGUGCCACGACAACCGAUCAAAACUAAGAAAACUGGGUAGCACAAUGGAGUUUAAUUUGCGCGUGCAGGAAUUUAUUGAAUUAGUAAGAACUGACAGACGGCUCGAUGCGGUAAAACAUGCUCGAAAAUACUUUGCCAAUUAUGAUGACUACCAGCUGCAAGAGAUUCAGUAUUGUAUGGGUCAAUUGGCUUUCCCGGCUCACGCAUACCUGAGUCCUUACAAGGAUCUGCUGGAUGAAAAGAGAUGGGAUAAACUGAUCGAAACAUUUCGACAAGAAAACUACAGAUUGUUUCAGUUAGCGAGCCAGAGUGUUUUUACAGUGGCUUUGCAGGCUGGCUUGUCGGCUCUCAAAACUCCUCAGUGCUAUAGCGCGAAUAAAGAAGGCCGAAAUCAUAGCUGUCCAGUUUGUAAUGAAGCAUUGAAUAAAUUGGCCGCGCCACUACCUUUUGCUCAUUGUUCUCAAUCACGGCUGGUUUGUAGCAUAAGCGGGAAACCACUAAAUGAAUAUAAUCAGCCAAUGAUGAUGCCUAAUGGAUAUGUAUAUGGCGAACAAGCAUUAGAAAAAAUGGCUCAAGAAAACAACGGCACAGUAAUCUGUCCAAAGACCAAAGAAGUAUUUCCGUAUAAGAAAAUCGAGAAAGUUUAUGUUAUGUAAACUUUCAUACUAUUGACACAGUAUAUAUAUAUAUAUAUAUACAUACAUUGUACUAUAUGUUUAAUGCUUAUGGCCCACUCUUUGCUCUAAUCGUUUCGUUAUUUAAUAAUAGUUGGAUAUAAUUAAUGGAUGAAAUAACAUUAAUUUUAAAACAAAAUUAUGUAUCUAUUUAUUUAUAUCCAUCCUGUGUAAGAAGUAUAAGCAAUUAUAAGAAAU